GUUUUAUCUGGCCAGUCGGCGAGGACCAUGUUCAGUAUAUAGCACUGUGUCAUCCUUUGUGGGUCCAGUUGCUUCUCACAUCAAGAUUUGGAAGGUUGUGUUAGUUUGGUCCUCAUCUUGCCAGGACAACAAGCUUCAAGAAAGGAAGACGCUCCGAUGACAGACAAGAUGAGGGCGGGUGAGGACGAGAGAGUCCUUUCUGUAGCAGCUCUGGGUCGUCCUUUUCGUCUAGGGAUGCUCUAUGACAGCAGGAGCGAGAAGCUGAUCCCUGGAAUAACGCUGUGGGACCAGACUACACUUGAAAAGAGAACAGUGCAGCAACUAGAGACCAGUGACUUUCACGUGCUGUGUUCCGAUUCCCUUGACGACAAAGCGUCUGCUCUGGAAGUAGAUGCUUCCCUCAAACUCAGCUUUAUGGGAGGUCUUGUGGAUAUCCAAGGAGCGGCUAAGUACCUGGAUAAUAGAAAGAAUUCCAUCAACCAGGAACGGGUAACAUUGCAGUACAAAUGCACCACUAAGGCAGAGAGUAUGACAAUGGAACAGCUGGGCCAAGGUAAGGUUCAGCAUCCAGAGGUUUUCGACCACGGCACAGCGACACACGUCGUCACAAGUAUAGUGUACGGAGCACAGGGAUUUUUCAUCUUCGACAGACACCACUCGUCAUCAGAUCAUGACAGGAAAGUAGGCGGCAAUGUGCGCGUCGUAAUCGAGAAAAUACCUACCAUAAAGAUAAAUGGGAAAGGUGAACUAAACAUGUCACAAGACGAGAAGGAAAAAACUGAACAGUUUACAUGCAGGUUUUUUGGUGAUUUUCUGUUGCGUCAGAAUCCCACGUCUUUCUCUGAUGCAGUGAAGCUCUACCAAAAACUUCCAAAGCUUCUCGGAACAGGAGGAGAAAAUGCCGUUCCUAUCAAGGUGCAGCUCUACCCGCUUACUCUCAUUGACAGGAAAGCCAUUAAGCUGGUUCGAGAAAUUAGUAUUAACCUUAUCAGUGAAACCGAAAAAUUUUUUGAGGAAAUGCAUGAACUGAACAUGAAGUGCAAAGAUAUUCUGAAAACUGAUGCCGUAAAAAGUUUCCUUGCUAUUCAGAAUCAAAUGCAGGAGUUUAUAAAUCUGACGGAGACUUACAAGCGCGUGAUACAGAAGGAACUCUCUGUGCUGUUACCUCGGAUCAGAGGCGGCGGGGACGAAGAAAGGUGCUUGGUGGACCUCCUCAAUAAGAUGCACAAUUCACCAGUCAGUCUUCUUGCUCUCCGCUCCUGGCUGCAAACAAAGAACACUCAGGUAAAGGUUCUCAACGAGUAUAUACGGGCCAUGGCUGAUAUAAAAUUUGCUACUGAACCAGGUGACUUGGAGUCCAUUGUCAUGAGUCCUGAGAAUACUUAUUGCCUAUGCCUAACUAUUUCAUUGCCAUCCAAUGAUUUCCAGCUGGAUCAAAUGAAGAAAUAUUGUCAUGAAACACGAUCUUCAAAGAGUUACGAGAAGGCAGGUGACAUGGACGUCAGACCACUACAAAUUAACAGCAUGCCCAUGAUGGAGGUGGCUGGUGGGUUCAGGGACUUUUAUAACGUUAAUAAGACCAAGAAAGGAAUUGCAUUCUUAGUGGCACAAGAAUUUUCUGACUCUGAUGUAUUUCAUGCUCGUGUGAAAUGCUACAAGCACGGCAGAAUGAUUAAUGACAACUACGGAUUGACAUCAGCGCCGGAGAAGCUGACAGCAUUGGUAGAAGACACCACACACAAAAGUAUCACCGUCAGCUGGAGCCCGCCUAAAUAUGGUGCUUCAUUUAUCACAUCCUAUGUCGUCAGCUGUUGCAAGGAGGCCAAUGAAGAAGAUACUUCGAGGGUCACUGUGGAUCGUGAUGAGGGACAAGUCACCAUUCCAGGUCUGGCCGCCAACACGGAGUACGAGGUGAGAGUGUGCUGCAGGUGUGAGGUGGGAGAUGGUCCAGUAGGAGAUACCAAGGUCAUAGUGAAGACUAAACCUGCUAGUAAACCCGAAAUGCCUCGAGCCCUGAAGGUAUCUUCAAACAAAAUUCUACUCAAGUGGCAAGCCCCGACGUGUGUGGGUGACGGAUGCAGUGUUGAGGAGUAUAUCAUCAAACAAGAGAUGGAAACUGGUCACUGGGAAGAAAGCCUUCGCGUUCCCUCAGAUAAGUGCUCAUGCAACUUAGAAAGCUUUUCCAGCAAUAUUCCCAGGUUCAAGGUCGCAGCAUCUUGUGGCUCAGCAGGACUCAGCUGUGACAGUGAACCGUGCUCUGUAGACCUUACCAAACCGCCCAUCAGUGAAAACUUAAAGCAAUACCUUUGUGCCAAUUCACUUCCAGACCCAAUCAAUACAAAUAUCUACAAGCCUGAGCUAAGGCUGGUUUUAAGUAAUAAUGAUGAUAUGAUUGAGAAAUAUGAGUUUGGAGAGAAGAAGAUUGAAGUCCAGGAAAAAGUAGUCAUGCUGGUGGGUGCCACUGGUUCGGGCAAGACAACACUUAUAAAUGGGUUUAUCAAUUACAUCUUUGGAAUUGAAUGGAAGGAUUCGUUUCGUUUCAAGAUGAUCGUGGAACCCAAUGUUACAAAUCAAGCUAUGAGUCAGACCACCAAAAUUACUUCGUACACCAUCCACCACCUGGAAGGCUUCCGGGUACCGUACACCCUCACCAUCAUCGACACCCCAGGCUUCGGUGACGUGAGCGGCAUUAUGAGGGAUAGAGAGAUUACUGAAAAUAUUCGUAAGUUUUUCACGAAAUGUGGUGAAAGCGGCAUCACUCACAUUGACGCUGUUGGCUUUGUUGCCAACUCUUCACUGCCUAGACUCACCCCAACACAGCGGUACAUCUUUGAACAAAUUCUGUCACUGUUUGGAAAGGAUAUUGCUGACAACAUAUUCCUUUUCCUCACUUUCGCUGAUGGCAAAAGGCCACAAGUUCUAAGUGGAAUAAAGGAAGCUAAAAUACAAUUUAAGAAGUACUUCAAGUUUAAUAACUCUGCAUUAUAUGCGCUCUACGAACAUAAGAAUGAAGAUGAAAGUGAUGACGAAGAUGGAGGUUUUGAUACGAUGUUUUGGGAUAUGGGAUUCAAGAGUUUCUCUGUCUUUUUAGAUCAACUUACAACUAUAGAAAGCAAGAGUCUCGUUCUUACACAAGAUGUUCUCAACGAGAGGAAUAGACUUCAGAUCUAUAUCGCAGGUAUACAGAAAGACAUCAGGCAAGGACUCACUACUCUGGAGAGACUUAAAAAAGAAAAAGAAAUUCUAGAAAAGCAUAGUGCUGAUAUAGAAAGGAACAAAACAUUUUGGUAUGAAGUUGAUGAAGAGGUAUUUGUGACAAUCCCUAUUCCUACAGGGCAGUAUGUAACUAACUGUCUUAACUGUAACCGUACUUGUCACGAGUACUGUAAAAUUCCCGAGAACCAUUUGAAGAAAGGAUGUUGGGUCAUGACUGGUGGCUACUGCCGCAUCUGCCCAAACAAAUGUAUAUGGUCAGUGCACAAGAACUUUCCUUAUAAAUAUGAAUUAGAAAUCAGAAAGGUUAAGAAAACAGUCGAUGAACUUCGUCAGCGCUAUCAAGAAGCCAGCAAGAAAAAACUUAGCACAGAAAACCUCAUUGAAGAAGUAAAUGAAGAGUUUAAUGCUUUAAAGGUUAAAGUCUUGGGAAUGACACACUCUGUCAGGAUGUCUCUUCAGAGACUUCAAGAAAUAGCUCUCAGACCCAAUCCAAUGACCACAGUGCAAUACCUUGACGUUCUUAUGGAGAAUGAGAAGAGCCAGGCACUCCCAGGAUGGCAAGCCAGACUAGAACAGCUCAGAACCGUCAAGAAAGAGGCAGAAUACAUGGAAAUGAUAGCCAAGAAAGGAUUUGAUCCGUUCAAACAGUACUCAGAGAAAUUAGAGUUAAAAAUGAUACAUUCGAAGAAUAAUGUUUGGGCCAAAGUCUUCGAUUAUUUCAAGAAAUAAUGAAAUCCGAGUCUCCAAAAGUAGUAUUAGAAACUAGUAAGCCUCUUUUUGGGAACCAAGUGAACACGAGUUUAAGGAUAUUAGUUUUAUGCAAUUAUAUAUGCAAGUGUCUAUACAUGUAUAUAUUAUGCAUGUAUCUAUUCAUCAGUCUAUCUAUGAUAAAUACUGACUGAAAUUGUUAGCCUUGCAUUUUCGUGAAUGGAUCCAGUCUUGAUCCUACUCAAUGAGCACACAUCAGUCAGUACUCCUCCCCAAGCAUAUUUUCCUGUGUUAUUUCAAGAAGGGAGCUGUACAAAGAGCUUCCUUCACGUAGAAAUAUCUACGGUAAAGAACAUAUGGUAGGGAUGAUCUAGUGAUAUGACCUUACUCGUCUGUGAUAAGAGAUGAACUGUACAGUAGAAUGAUUUUUUUAUUUCACUUUUGUAUUCUUAUCAUUUUCCUGUCCUUUCACAACCCACGGAAAGCCUUGCACCUCCGGUAAGUCUGACAUCACAGUCUGAUAACCGGUCUCAUAUAGAUCCUGUUAUAUAUAUUUUUUUUAUUUCCAUGUAUGAUUUUCUAAUUACUUUCAUGUUGCAUUCGGUGACUAAAAUGUUUGUAAUUCUUUUAUGCAAUAUCCUUGUGUUAUUAGGAUUUUUUUAAAAUUUUGUAUUACUGUAUAAUAGUUUCAAUUCUUGACCUAAUGUAGGUAAUGUACUUACAUAUAUAUUACUAUAUUAAGCUCACACUUCAUCAUGUCAAUAAAUGGCUCAGCUAUAUCAUGA